AUUCAAUCGUUCAUCUCGUGUUGAAUUCUAAAUUACAUUUCAUUUUAUUUCGCUUGUUCCGGUUAUUCUACUCGUUUCAACUAUUCCGCCUAUUCCUACUGUUCCGCAUUUAUGUAACGGCCAUGAUAUCACUUGUUGAUUAUCACGUACUCUCGUCGGAAGCCGGCAAUUUUUGUGACGCAUUUUUAUGAGUUUAUUAGAAUAAUAUAUUAUUGCAUUGUUUAUUAUUUAAAAAAAUAAAGAACAAAAUGUAUCUUGUGCAAUUUGAUAAGAAAAAUUUAUAUCAUAUUUGUGAUGACAAUUCUAUUAUUAAAACAGAAGAAGCUUAUUUAGAAGAAGGUGACAAAGUUCAAUUUAUUUUUAAAAAUAAAGUGCAUAAUGGAAUUAUAUUGAAAAAAUCAGAUGACAGAAAUUCUCUGAUAUCUGAGAAGAAAAAGUUAGAACAAGCCUCUUCGAAGAAAACAAAUAUUGAUUUGAAUAAAUCUAGUUCUUUAGGUAAACGAAAACGUAUAGCAGCAAAAAAAUGGUCUCCUAGAAUAACCCCAAAAAAAGAAAAAACAACAAAAAAUGAUGUUCAGAAAAAACAGAAGAAAAUUUUAAAAACAAAAGAAAACAUUUCGUCCUCAGAAAGUAGUGAACCGAAUGAACCAUGUACAUCGAAAGUACAAGAUAUUUCAAAAUUGAAGAAAAGAAAUGUACCAAAAAUGAAUAUCGGAGAAGCUAGGGAUGAUUAUUCUAUUGAUACAGCAAAAAAUGUGGAGCAAAAUCGAAAUAAAUUAGCACCUGGAGAUGAACAACAUUUUGAUGACAUGCAGGAUAAUUCGCGGUAUUGUAUACAGGAUGAUGGUGAAGAUGGUAUACAAGAAAUUAUCAAGAUAGAAGAAAGAGAGCUAGAUGAUGAUGACAAUAUCGAUUAUUCAGUACCAGGUAGUCAGUUAAUCGGUAGAGUUCAUCGUAAUGAGCAGAUGAUUGAAUUACGAGAAAACAUAUAUUGUCGAAAAAUAAUACUGGACAGUGCUAUAGGAGGGUCACGAAAAGCAUCUCACAUUGCAAGACGCUUGAUUGAAGGUGUAUUCAAGCCACAUGCUUUGUCCAAGUGCACUUUUACUGGCCAAUCAGUUCGCUCACAAGGCCGAGAACGUUUACAACAAACCACAUAUUGUCUCGAUGGAACAGCUAAAAAGGUUAUCAUUGAAUAUUCAAAAGAAAAAGCGACUGAGCUGGGGCUUGAAGUUCAAAGUGAUAAUUACAUCGGAAAAGCAAUGUCACAACGAUUGGGAGAGAUUAAGAGGGAAUACCAAUGUGCAAGAAGUACAUUCCAUAACAACUAA